AUGUCUGCCUUUUUGGUACCAUCAUCUUCCUCUUGCUGGAGUCCUCUCUUCUUCCUCAUUGCUACUGCAUCAUUAUUUUGUUUUCAUCAAGAUGCUUCGGUGCAAGGUUUUAUCAGUCCAUCUUCUUCUCUCAAGCCCAAGCGAAGCCCAACGCCUUUCAUCCCAUCGGUAGCAUCCACCAAAGACAAUGAAAAAGUAGCUACAACAACAAGUCAGGAAUACACUAUUGAGACGGUGAAAGGUCCUUUUCAACCAGCUAAGAUUGCUCACGUAUGGGGCAGACAACCAAUCUUGAUACGACAUGCCUUUGAUGCAUCGACUCUCCUGUCGGACAACACUUGGCCCGCAUGGGAAGACAUGAUCUCAUGGGCAACCGCUGGGGCUGCUGAAGAGGAAGAUGAACCAUAUUAUAGUCAAGAUGAAGAAUCAAUUGACACGAAAGAAGAAGAUGAUGACAACUUUCAGUUUCAUGAUGAAGAAGACUUAUUCUUUCAAUAUGAGGAUGAUGAAGAUGACGGGGUAUCAUCAUCGCCAUCAGAUUCUGUGUUGAGCCGUCUCAUUCGUCAAAAAGACACGGAACGCUUGGACUCGUAUUCUCUGGAAUUGGGACCCUUUUCACGAGAAUAUCUCCACAAUCUAAUCUACAACAAUACUACUGACGACAACAAAACCAAAAAGGACGCCUGGACACUUGUAUUGAAUGAUGUCGAUCGAGUACAUUCAGCACUCCUUUCAUGGAUGAAUCAAAUAUUUGAUCACACUUGGUUGCCGCGGUGGAGACGAGACGAUGGACAAAUCAGUAUGGCGCAAAAGGGAGGUGGCAUUGGUCCUCAUGUCGACAACUACGAUGUCUUUUUGAUUCAGACCAGUGGAACACGACAAUGGGUGCUGGGGGCAUCAUCAUUCGAUGAAAAGUUGACAGCCCAGCAAGAAAUGGACGCACUGAUUCCUGGAUUGGAUGUACGCAUCUUGGACUUGCCACAACAACAACAAUACUGUGCCAUUCAAAUGAACCCCGGUGACAUGCUGUACCUGCCUCCUCGGGUGGUGCAUUGUGGAACGGCCCUUUCCGACGAUUGCAUGACACUCUCUGUGGGAUGCCGUGCCCCGUCGGCUUCCGAACUGGUCUCGCGAGUGGCAGAGAAAGUCGCCUACAGUCUUUCCGAAACAGCCGUCAAACGAUACACUGAUUUCAAUCUGCUGCAUCAGGAGGAUGAGUCGGCAACUUCUAAUGCAACAACCAGCAGUCAUGGUGCAUCAAUUACUCCGGACGUCAAGCACAGGAUGAAACAGCUCGUGCGAGACGCUGUCGACGAGAUUCUGGAUCAUGAUCUCCUGUGGGAUGAAAUUGUGGGAUGUCUGGCGACAGAACCCAAGCGGCCCUUGUGGCUGGAGGAACCACAAUGCGAUCGUGAGGAAAAUGAGAGUGAAAUCGAUCAAGAUAUCCAACACGUGUUGAGUGGAGUGGGCACAUUGUGUCUGGUGGAGGGAGUCUCGGUUGCCACGAGCAUUGUCGAUUCCAACAACGAGGGUCUCGUACCAACUUACCGGGUCUUUGCCGCUGGACAAUUGUUUGCAUGGAAAGGCAGCGACCAGAAUGAACCGGUUUCGCAAGCUAUUCUGUCAUGUUUGGCCAGUGGUGAACCCUUGACAAAACAGUCGUUGGGAGAAACAAAAGUUGUGCCACCGGAAGCAUUGACUGUUUUGGCUGAUUUGAUGAGUCAAGGCUACCUCUACUUUCAAGUGGACGACUGA